AUGGUCGAGAGCAAUACUGUCAUCAAAGAUCCAGAUGUGGAACCUCCCAUGACGCUCCUGUCAUGUCUGUUGUACAUCAUCGCCAACAUCAUAGCGAUGUUCUUGUACUGGUUGUACCAGCAACAGAGGGCACAAAGACUACGACAUGACGAGUGUGACUAUGUGGAGAAGCUCAGCGACAGCAGCAGCAACAGUGGCAGCAUCCUAACUACCAGCAACUUCCGGCGGCAACACAGGAAACAAGGUAGCCAGUACUCGCUGUUGUCUCUGCUGGGGCUCACUUACAAUGGCUACAAAACUUUCUAUGCAUUUGAGGAUCGGUUCAGUAACUUCAAUGAGGUGGGGAAAGCUUGCAAGAAGGCUGGACUAGAAAAGUGUGGGCUAAUCAUUGGUGUGGACUUCAGCGCAAGCAACGAGUGGCAGGGUAGAAAGACAUUUGGUGGCCAAAAUCUUCACAAAGUGCUGCCAGGCAAGGCUUUAAACCCAUAUCAAAAGGUGAUAUCUAUAAUUGGGCGGACAUUGGAGCCAUUAGAUGAAGACAACCUUAUCCCUGCCUAUGGAUUUGGGGACAGUGUCACCAUGGGUCAGUCUGUGUUCCCAUUCAAAGAGCAAGCUGGAGUGGAGGUCCCAUGUAAGGGUUUCACAGAUGUCUUGGACUGCUAUGGAGUCAUCGCCAACAGCAUUACUUUGGGUGGGCCCACCAAUUUUGCUCCAAUCAUCAGCAAGGCAGUUCAGAUUGUGCGAAACUCAAAACGCUACCAUAUUUUGAUAAUCAUAGCUGACGGACAAGUUAUAGAGCAGAACAGCACAGUACAGGCAAUCGUGGAAGCAUCCUUGUACCCUCUCAGUAUUAUUUUAGUUGGUGUUGGUGAUGGACCCUGGACAACUAUGGAGCAAUUUGAUAACUGUUUGCCAGAUAGAUCUUUUGAUAAUUUCCAGUUUGUGAACUUUCACAUGGUCACCAGUAAAUGCAGAAAGAAUCCAGAAGCCAGUUUUGCCUUACAUGCAAUGAUGGAGAUACCAGACCAGUACAAGACAAUCAAAUCAUUAGGGUACCUGAGUGAAGACAUUCUCCUUAGGGAAAGAAGCAUGAGACAAGGAGACAGCAUAUCCAGAAAUCAAAGUCCCGUAUUUGGAUCUAAAGAGACAAGCAGGCUCAGCACAAAACAUACUUCCAUUCCAAGUAGAUGGAGUUUUCGCAGGAAACAAAACAGUGAACAGACAAAAAUGGAUAAUUGA